ACAGAGGACACCUGGGUUCUGGAAGAAACUUGAGGAGCACCAUGGGGAACCAUGUUGGAAAACGGGAACAGAGUACCGAGAAGGCAAAGAACACUGAAGGAAAAGUGGAGGAAGCUGAAAACAAAGCGAGCCCCAAAGCAGACCGGCUCACCCAGCAACCCUCUGAGGACAACGAAGUUUUUGGAGAGGCAGAUGUGAACCAGAACAAUGGGACCUCCUCUAAGAGCACAGCGGUGACAGACUCCAAGGGCGCAGCAGACCCAAAGAAUGCCUGGAAGGAGGCCAACCCAGCUGACACAACUGGUCGUCCCCAUUUGGUCCGCCUCUUUUCCCGAGAUGCCCCAGGGAGAGAAGACAACACCUUCAAAGACCGGCCCUCUGAAUCAGAUGAGCUACAGACCAUUCAGGAAGACAGUGCAGCAGCUUCUGAGAACUCGGAUUUGAUGGCUUCACAGAAACGCUCCUCUUUCCGGCAUGGAUCCAAACUUGCAACUGCAAGUACAAUAGACCAUGCUAGACAUGGAUCCCCCAGAAGAUACAGGGAACCGGGUCUACUUGACUCACUGGGCAGAUUCUUUGGAGGUGACAAACAUUAUCCCCGGAGGGGCAAGGAUUAUCAUCACGCUGCCAGAAUUGGCCAUGUAAGUUCCCUGCCUCAUCCAAGAUCUCAUGGCCGGUAUGUGGAUGAGAACCCAGUAGUCCACUUCUUCAGGAACAUUGUGUCUCCCAGGUCAACUCCUCCCCUGUAUGGAAAGGGGAGAUCAUCCUUUUCCAGAUUUAGCUGGGGUGGUGAAACUCACAGGCCUGGAUAUGGAAGUGGAAGAUUCUAUGAGCAUAAAUAUGCUCACAAGGGACACAAGGGAUACCACUAUGAUGGCCAGGGCACACUGUCUAGACUCUUUAGACUGGGAGGAUCUGGUUCCCGACCUGGCUCCCGGUCUGGCUCUCCCAUUGCUAGGCGCUGAAGCUCUCCGAUGUUACCAAAGGGCUACACUCUCUGCUUUAUAACAUAGAUGCCUUGAAGGUUUAAUAACAAACUGCAGAAUUCCCUAGAUAGAAACACAAUCUAUUUGUUAAUGUCACUGAGUUGUGCAUGCAGUAGAAGUACACAAAAAUUUAUUGGCAAAUGCUGACCAAGAACAAAUGCAAAACAAAACAAACUCCCAAAUUUUCAAAGUAGCUUUUACUUGCUGUCAACAGCAUUACUUUAGGGAAAGUAACAGUCCCCCCCAUAUUAUUCAUUCAUCUUCAAGGUGUUUCCAAAGAAUAUAGGGCUUUAAUUUUUUUAAGCACAUACAACAUUAAGUCCCUUUCAGAUUUCUUUUUCACUAAACUUUAAGUAACAACAUACUACACAAUUGUCUACCUUAACCUUGCCAUUAACAGACUUUUGAGAUCUCUGCUGUAAACAAAGAAAAUAAUAAUAAUAAAAAUGUGCAGAAGUUGUAAGGACUGUUUAUCCAAUUUUUUUUAAUUAUUUGGUUUUGAUUUAUUAUGAUUUCAUUUUUUCAGUACCCCUUUCUCUCACAGUU